GGCCCUGCUGUCUUGCACGAACUGCUGGAUGAGAUUAACAAAAAAGUGAGAGCACUGGAAAACAAGUACCAAGAGAAAAUAAAGGCGGCAGGCAUCAAAUUGGGAAAAUUUGUGACCAAACAGGGGGGACCAGGAGAAGCGAUUGUAGCCGUGGCGGACAAGGAGAAGGCCAAUAUGAUAGUGACUGGUUGUCGAGGGAUGGGCAAAAUAAGGCGGACAUUUCUGGGCAGUGUCAGUGAUUACGUCAUUCAUCAUGCCCAUUGUCCUGUCCUUGUGUGCCGGAAGUGAACAGCAAUGAAGAUUAGAUCUUAACCAACAAUCGUAUUACCUUAUCUCGUCAAUAUUUGGUUCUCUUAUUAUAAUAUUUACUCUUUUUGUCUUUUAAACUGUUUAUUGUAGAUUACAAAUAUUUACUCGGUUGAAAUUCAUGUAUUAUAUAGUGAAAUUCAUAUAUUUAUUUACUAUUGUUAUAAAAUAAAUACAAGUAUGUUAGUUAAAAUUAAUUAUCAGCAAAAAAUACAGAUAACUUAUUAAUACUACAGAAAUGUGUAUUAUCAGAAAACAUACCUCGGUGUCAUGUUGACAGUACAGCAUGGAGACUUAACUAUGUUCAUAAAAGACAAUUAUCAUAUAUGUUUUCAUUUUCCUGUGUUAUGAAAAAAGAUGUAAUAAAGUCUUGAAACGUUUUA